UGCCUCCGAUCGAUCGCAGCAACCGUCGUUUGCUUCGUUUGUUUUCCACACAUACCAAAAGCGUCCAGCGUCGAAUUGGACAAAAAGGUGAAAAUUGGAACGUUUCGUGCGGAAAAUUAUGCCGAAUUGCAGUGAAUUUUGGUGCGGAAAAACUAGUUUGUGUCGGUGAACAGUUUUUGUCACGGGAAAAACAGUGAAUUUAAGUGAGAACGGCUAGGUAACAAAAUUCGCGCGUCUGUGCCGUGAGACGUACUGAAGAUAUCCAGUGACCAGUGAACCAGUGACGGAAUAUUUUGGAAGCUAUGACGCCUGUGGCCGUGGUGGAAUCGCCCCUGAGGAGAUCGGACCAAUCCCGGCUUUUUCGGACACCGCGAGCCGUUUCCCACGACGAGGUGAACGAUGACGAGGCGGAACGACGAAUACGACGGUCAGCGGCCACCCUGGACGACAGCACGGUGGCCGGAGGAUCGACUGUCGAAGAUAAUGAAAACAUCAAGAUGUGCCUGCAGUUGUACUCGGAUAAUAAACUGAGCAAGGACAAUGCGUGGUCGGUGACGAUUAUCGACACGUUCUCUAAGUUGAUGUCGCGCCACUCGAACACCUUGCAGAAUUUCCAGGUUGCUGGCUCGACGCUGGAGGCUUCCACCAAAGUCUACGGUCUCCGGGUAGAUUCCGUGCACACCGAUGUGAUGCGUAUGUGCUCGGAACUCACUCGGCAGUCUGCCCGUGCAAUGGACAACAAUCGCGAAGAUGAAGAUGAGGAUAACGAGGGUGCCGACAAGGAAAACGACGUCAGUGUGGCAGCUGGUGGGGCGGACAAAGCUUCACAGGAGCCCAAAGUUAAGAAGAAACGUGCCCGAAAAGUGGUCAGUACUAUUACGAAGAACAAAGACAGCAUCAAUGCCCCACUCGAUACCAAUCCGUUUACGGAUCCGUUUUUCGCGAAACUCAACUCAGUGGUUGGAGACGUGAACAGUUCGAGUCGGCUGAUGCAAAACCUGGUUCCUACGGAGAAUGCCGAAUUGCGACUGCGAAUGGAUUACCCUUUUUGGGACGACUCGGAAUCACCCGAGCUGAAUCUUUAUAAUGACGAAGACUACAAUGACUGUGAGAAGACUUCGACUACUCUCUACGGGGUUCUUAGGACAAAUAAGCUGCACCAGAGGCUUGCCGGAUAUGUGAUAACGGAUACCCCCGCCGAGGACGAAGACGACGAAGAUGAUAAAAUAAAAGACACUGACGACGUGCAACUUCGAGACGAUCAGGCGGAACCACUGGCAAUGAAUCGUUCCGCCUUGGAUGUUCAGUUCGACAUUGAUGCAGAAGUUGAGCCGGUUCCGGUUGGCGAUGCUUACAUUAUCGACUACGCUUCCCCAGACGCGAUGGGCGGAACAGACCACGAUGACGAGUUCAACGAAGAGGAUCAAAUCGCCCUGCAAAACUGUCGAGGCCUCAAAAGAAAAACCGUCGUCAUUGAAGAUAUGCGUCCGAUUGAUUCCUCCUCUAUUAAUCUUGAAUACUCCUAUCGUGCUUUGGAUAACAUCUCACAGUUCUGGGCUGGUCCUUCCCAUUGGAAAUUCAAACGGACAAAAAAUGCUCGCAGUUUGUCGUUGCGAAACACGUUAGGCACAACGGAUGCAGACGGUAAAACGAAACAAAAAGUGGCUCGGAAGAAAAAACGGUUCGAAGUGGACGUUCUAGAUGACAUGAUCAGCGUUGCAGAGGAACUGUUCCCAGCUUACAAUCCCAAUCGACCAGUGAAAAAUAUAACUCACCUGAAAAGUUUGAUUUGCAAAAAAUGGGACUCCAAGAAGCUAAAAUUGCCCACGGAUUUCCACCUGGAAAGAAAUCGCUUCGAUGUGAAUAAGUUUGCCCGGGGAGUGAAGCUUCAGGAAUUCGACGCAGCGCCGGAACCGGAUGUGCCAGUUGACGAGUACGACUACAGCAAUCCCGUCGAUCAGAACUACUGCAGUCGAGUUAUGAAUGAUGAAAUCGAUCCCGAAGCAGACCAGGUUCCGGACUUUGCCGGCGGCGCAGGCGACGACCAUCAAAACUUUGACGACAUCGCAGCAGGGGAAGACGGCGGCGGAGGAACAAAUCAACCGCUCAACACCAGUCUCGAUUUCAUACCCACCGAAUUCCAAGGGGCACCCGAUAGGGUGAUGAAAAUCAACAUAGCGUACGCUAAAACGGCCAAAGUGGUGGACAUGAAACAACUAAAAUCUUGUUGCUGGCAGCUCAUCCAAGAGCGCACCAGUCAAACCUCAGCCGAAGCGCCUGGCACCAGCAGUUCCGAGGGGAAAGCCACAUUCAAUGAAAUUUUCAAACAACUGCCCCACAUCCUGUCGAAAUCAAUGAGCGAAAAUAUUUCGAAAUCAUUAGCGUUCUAUUCGGUGUUGCACCUGACCAACGAACGAUCACUACGGUUAGUGCGACAAGAAGAUUUACAAGAUUUCACAAUUCUACCUCCUGCGUAACGAAGCACACCGAUCACAAAGGUUUAGGCGACGAACUAAAGAAUAACGUAUAGUGCAAAGUAGUUUACGGCGAUUUUUUCUACUUUUCUACAUUUUUCACAAUUUUGUAAAAAAAAGCUUUGAAAUCGAAAUAUGGAUGCGUUUGUAUAUUUCGAUUUUGGUAGUACUAGCAGGAAUCAUCUGAACAAUUCAACAUAUUCCGAACAGCGUUACAAUUUAGUUGUUUUAGGGUAA